AUGGACACAUCCCUCUCUGCCCGAUGGGCCCACCAGGCUCACGUGUUCGGUCUCCGCCAGGGGACGGCCGAAGUCAAAGACUUUGCUUUCAGUUUUUUGAAGGAAGCAAGGGGCUCUGGCUUCAAAGAAGCCGAGCUUAAGGUGAUAUUUAACAGCUGCCUCGUUGAGCCUCUCAAGCCCAGUGAACUAAGGAUGCUGAGUCCCCUGGGCUUCCCCGACAUGAUUAUUUACCUGAUGAAUCGUGAGCCCAGGGGUCCAACUGGUACUGUCCCGCUUGCCACUAUCCCGGAGGAUUGUGUUGUGGCAGUUGCAUCACUGGGGGAUCCUGCUCCACCAGUAUGCCUUCCCCGGAAGCGAGGGCGAAGGGCAUCUUGGGAGUCUGCAUCCGAGGGGUCCUCCACAGAGUCUGUCGCAACCACCGCAGUACCCACCUCACCGGCCACGGCCUCAGCUCCACGACCGAGGAGAAAGAAGGGGAGGAAGGGAGCUACCCAUCCUCCAUCUCAGUCUCCUCCUGGGUCUUCUGCAGCGCCCCCUGUCUCACCGGCUCCACAGCCAGCUGCAGCGCCCCCUGUCUCACCGGCUCCACAGCCAGCCGCAGCGCCCCCUGUCUCACCGGCUCCACAGCCAGCCGCAGCGCCCCCUGUCUCACCGGCUCCACAGCCAGCCGCAGCGCCCCCUGUCUCACCGGCUCCGUCUGUCGCUGCCUCCUAUGUACCCUUGUCAUCCUGUUCGUCUGCUCGGUCCCCUGCCACUGUCUCUAUGUUCUCCCUAGACUCUCUUCCUAACCCAGUCAGUCCCGGUUUACCCACUCCUGUGUCUGCCCCUUUCCUGCCCAGAGACCCUGCCUUGUUCCCCAUUGUGCCUCCUGUCCUCCCUGCCUUAAUCUGGCCUCAGUCUGCCCCUGGACCCACCUCUCCUACUAAAACCCCCAAGCCUGCCCGGACUCCACGUCCCAAGCCCUCAACGGGACCCAAGACCCCUUGCUCAUCUAGUUCUACCUUGCCUGGACUGCCCCCCCAGAACUUUCUUUCUGUCGUGUCUCGUGUCUAG